AGAGUUGUUCCCCCGAGCAGAAACCAGGACAAAUUAAAUGGAGGAAGAAGGAAGGAUAUAAAAGUAAUAAAGUGAAGGAAAGGAAUAGAAAAAGGAAAUAAGGAAGGACUGAAGGAUGACAACAAAAGUUUUCAGAAGUAGUCUCAGGAGUACUCGGUAGUAUUCGGGAGUAUUUGGUAGUACUCUGUGUCCUGGGUGUCGGGUGUCGGGCUCUGCAGGCCUGUUGGGGGUCUGGAGGGUCUGGGGGGGCGGACUCUAACUCUGCUGUCAGUCUGGACGCCGUCGGCUUCACACGAGCUGCUUCAGACCCCCGAGCAGGAGGAAUCCUGGCUGCGAUGGCCUCGACCAAUGAGAGCGGCGAGCACCGGGACCAGACGGUCCCUGGCAGCGAGGAAGAGGAGGAGGAGGAGAACCAGAGGAGGCUCCGAGGAAUCCAGUCUCACUACCUCCGCUGCCCGUCGCCCAGUUUCUCCACGGCUUCAGAGUCCAGGUUCUCGUUGAUCUCCGGUUCCGACGCCGCCAGCAUCUUCAUGGAGCCCAUCCACCUCUCGUCCGCCAUCGCCGCCAAGAAGAUCAUCGGCGAGGAGCUGCCGCCCCGCAGCGUGCAGGCCGAGUCCGUCCCGGAGUCCAUGCUGGAGACGGCGGAGCAGCUGAUGGUGGAGGACCUGUACAACCGCGUCCGGGACAUGACCGACGACCGCAGCCCCUACAACACGCCCUGCGUGCUGGACCUGCAGAGGGCCAUGGUGCAGGCCCGCCUGGAGGCCCCGCCCAACCCCGUGGACGAGGUCUGGCCCGGAGUCUUCAUCGCCGAGAAGUCGGUGGCGGUGAACAAGGCUCGGCUGAAGCGGAUGGGCGUGACCCACGUGCUGAACGCCGCCCACGGCACGGGCGUGUACACCGGCGAGUCGUUCUACGCCGGCAUGACGCUGCAGUAUUUGGGCAUCGAGGUGGACGACUUCCCCGACGCCGACAUCUCGCCGCACUUCCGGCCCACGGCCGAGUUCCUGGACGACGCUCUGCUGACACACAAAGGGAAGGUCCUGGUGGUGUCCAUGAUGGGCGUGAGCCGCGCCGCCGUGCUGGUGGCGUCCUACCUGAUGAUCUUCCAGCACAUGAGCGUCAUGGAGGCCCUGAGCUCCGUGAGGAAGAAGCGCGCCAUCAACCCCAACGAGGGCUUCCUGAAGCAGCUGCGGGCGCUCAACGAGGCGCUGAUGGAGGAGCGCGAAGACGACGACGACACGCUCAGCCAGUGUUCCGUCGUGGACGCGCGUGCCCGCGCUCGCAUCUUCGGCGAGGAAGAGGAGGAGGACGACGAGGAGGAGGAGCGGAGUAUGGUCGGGGUGAAGGCGCACUCCAUCGUGAUGGAGGAGGAGGAGGACGGCCAGAGCGUGAUGAGCAGCGUCGCCUCGUCCGCCUUCAGGAGCACGCCGACCGACCAGAGGCCGGCCCGACGGGAGGUCGUCCUGCCGGAGACGGGGGGCGGAGGAGGCGGCGAGGAGGAGGAGGAGGAGGAAGAGGACGGCCUGGACAGCAUGAUCCGUGAGUGGCAGAGGAGGAACGAGAAAUACCAGGACGACGGCUGGUGGGAGGCGCAGCUGGACAGCGACGGCGAGGACGGGGAAUGUGUCGGCGAGGGCGGACGGAAGGAGGCGUCCCCGGACGCGGAGAGCGUCACCAGCGAGGAGGUGCGCGCCGUGAAGGAGCGGCCGAGGCGCCGCGUCAGGCGCCCGGCCUCGGACGCCGGGUCCUCCUCCAGCUCCAUGAGCUACUCCGACCUGUGGAAGCGGCGGCUGAAGGAAAUGGAGGAGCAAGCCGCCGCCCGCUACCGCAGGAAGGAGGACGAGGGCGGCGGCACGGAAGGAGGGAGGAAGAAGAUGGACGAGGAGGUGGAGAGCCUCCUCUCCGACUCCGGCUCCAUGUAUAACUUCUGCCACAAGAACAAGGACAAGAUGACGCCGCUGGAGCGCUGGCGCGUCAAGAGGAUCCAGUUCGGCUGGAACAAGAAGGACCGCGAGGGAGGGGGAGGAGCCGAGACGCCGGCCCACCGGGACGUGGACCUGACGGCGUACCAGACGUGGAAGCUGAGGCAGCAGCGGCGCCUCGGGGAGGAGAACAAGGAGGAGGUGGUGGAGAUGAGUCGCGGCGAGGACUCGGCGAUGGCGAAGCGGCGGCAGCGCCGCGAGGAGAUCCUGGAGCGCUCCAAGAAGACGCUGGAGGAGAGCCGGUCCAUGUGCGGCUGGGAGGCUGAGACCCACGUGAGCGGCGGCGCCGUGCCCCUCUCCGCCUUCUGGGCCGGCGCCACGGGAACGCCGAGCGUCGCCAACGACGACGCGGCGUCCGCGCUCAGCGGCCGGUCGUCCGUCGUCUCCUCGGUGUCGCAGCCUCGCGGCGCCAGGUCCGUCGCGCCGGUUCCCCCCAUCCUGCCGGUGCCGACGCUCCCGGGCCCCGGAGGAGAACCCAUGGUCAACCUGGCCAGCAUCCAGAACUGGAUCGCCGAGGUCGUCUCUGAAACCAUCAGGCAGAAGCAGACAGAGAUGAGCCCGUCUCCGCCGUCGCGCGCCGGGUCGGAGUUCCGCUCCGGCAGCCUGGUGUCGGGCCGCGGCGCGGAGGACGACAGCGCCUCCCUGUGGAGCGCCGCCUCCUGCUCGCGGGGGCCGGGCGGGGCGCUCCUCUCCGGCAGCAGCGUCUCCGGUCUCACCGGGAGAAGCUCGGCUCCGGGACCCAAGAGGAACAAGAUCACCGGCACCAGCGUGCCGCUCUGCAGCCUCUUCCAGGACCAGGUGGACAUGGGCAAGCUGGACGCCAUGGACAGGGAGAUGAAGGCCGAGAUGAGGGGCAAGAUGGCCGCCUACGAGAGGAAGAAGAUCCUGGAGGACAACAAGCGCAGCACCAUGUACAAGAAGAAGAAGCCGAAGGACGACGAAGAGGAGCAGAGGAAGAAGAAAGAGGAGGAUUUUCUGGCGGAAGCAAAGAAGGAGAAGAAACCCGCGAGGACCUUCGGCCUCUCCGGGUGUCUGAACCUCAGCCCGGCGCUGGAGAGAGAGAAGAACACCAGCGUGGACGACUGGCUGGCGAGCGUCCGGCCUCCUCCAAACAAGAUGGCCGCCGCCGCCGCCGGCCAAUCGGACGACGACCUCCACGCCUCCGCGUCCGAAUUCGACUUCUCCAGCCGCCGGGCGUCCUACGCGCUCGACGAGGACGAGGAAGCGCUCGGCGUUCCCUCCGGGUUCGGGUCGCAGGACGCUCGCGGCGGGUCGGCGGCGGCGCUCGGCUCCAGGCGGCCAGAGAGCGGCGAGGCCGCGGAGAGCUUCGCCGAGAGGAGGCCCGCCCGGCGCUCGCGGUACGAGGGCGGCGUGGAGGGAGGGAGUCGCAGUGGGAGGGAGGGAGCCGGCAAGACACAGGAGGAGGAGGAGGAGGAUGACGUCACCACCUUCAUCGCCCAAACCAGGCAGAGGGCCAGAGCCCGGGCCGCCGCCGAGGCCGACGACCACGAGGUGCUGGAGGCCUGGAGGGCGCAGCAGGACGCCAGGGCGCUCAGCGGGGCGCCUCGGAGAGGACGGACAGACGCCGACUCUCAGUGAGUUUCACUCAGCAAAUAAUAUCUAACGAUCUAUUGGAAACACUUGUGUUGUGAUUAUUGAUCAAGACUAAUAACUGUUUUGUGGAUUUCUGUAUUUGGACAAAAGAAAAACUGUAAAAUCAACAUCAGUCAGAAAAAUGUUUUGUCCUGCAUCGAAACGCAUUUAGUCUAAUUUUUAAAAGUUAAUUUAAAUGUCAUUGUUAAUUUUUGUUGCACCACCGUGAAUGUAAGAAUAAAUGUAAGAAACAUUUAAUAAAUAUUUUCAUAAAAGAUGAUGUGAAACUCAUGAAACAAGGAAUCAUGUGUUUAAUUAUUUUAUUAUUGCAAUAAAUGUUCUGAAAAAUCACGA